AUGUCGAUUUCCGCGGCUCAGACUGACGAUUACCCGGCUCUGAGUCGUCCCUUUGAAUCUAUGAAAUCAGAAUAUGACGUGGUGAUUAUUGGGUCUGGAUAUGGAGCUGGCGUGGCGGCGAGUCGAAUGGCGCGCGCUGGGAAGAGUGUUGCUGUUUUAGAGCUUGGCUGGGAACGAAGAUCUGGUUCAUUUCCGCAGACUUUCUCGCAGUGCGUGAGGGAUAUGAAUGUUUCGGGGAGUUCAGCGAAGAACUCUUUCAUAUCGACAUGGCUUUCGGCUGGUGAUCCUACUAGACUGUUUCAAUUGUUCCUUGGGGAUGGACAGCAUACCUUUGCUGCUCAUGGUGAGUUGGGUUCGAGUUGUAGUCAUUUAUGCUCUCGGUAUGUUCUGAUGGAAUCGAAUCAUAUAGGCCUUGGAGGAACAUCCUUGAUUAAUUGCGGCGUCUUCCUCAAAGCCGAUACAGGCACUUUGGAAAUGAGUCCCUGGCCGUCACAGAUUCGAGAGAAUCCCUCAGGACUUGAUGAAUACUAUUCGCGCGCAGAAGAAAUGCUGCAACCAUUCACAUAUCCGGAGAAGUACUCAAAUCCCGCCAAAUUAGAACAUCUUCGAAAUGAUUCAACGUGGCUUGGUCAAGGAGACAAUUUUUAUCGUGCACCAGUCACCACAUUCUUCCACGGCGGUCGGAACAAGGCUGGUGUUCCCAUGCAUCCCAAUCGUCGAUCAGGACACGAAUGUACGGGUCUCAAUGAUGGUUCCAAAAACACCGUGGCGACCAGUUAUUUAGCGGAUGCUUGGAACUGGGGCGCCGAGAUGUUUUGUGGAUGUGAGGUGCGGUUUGUGGAAAAGAUGGAAGGAGGAGGGUAUAUUAUCUUCUUUACCUGGCAUGGUCAUGGAAGGUCGGUCUUUGCAGAUCACUUCAAGGAGCAGCUUUUCUGGGUGAAAGCACGAGAAUUCUGUUUCCUUGGAGCCGGGGCUUUGGGUACAACGGAGAUUUUGCUUCGAUCAAGACAACAUUGUUUGCAGAUGUCUCCUCUUGUGGGACGAAAUGUCUCUGGAAAUGGUGACCUUUUGAUGUUUGGAUAUAAUGGAAGCGCCGAUGUCAAUGGAAUCGCCGGCGACUCUUCACAAGCUUCAAUUCCCCCUGGCCCAACAGUCACUUGCGUGGUUGACAACCGAAAUGCUGAUGCUCGAACCAAUCCUCUCGCGGGAUAUGUGAUUCAAGAUGGCUGCAUACCGGAGACCUUCACUCCGGUGAUAUUGCCAAUGUUGACUAUGCAGACUGCAAAGUCUCAAGGGUUGUCCUUUCUGAGGAAUCCCAAGUUGACGCUGUCAAAGUCCAUGGCCGCGUUCAGAUCUCUUCUGUUUGGUCCCUACGCGCGUGGUGGAUCUCUCCAGCGAACGUCGACGUACCUUGUCAUGUCCCAUGAUAGCAAUGAACUUGCAUUGACAUUGCAGAAUGAUCGACUACGCUUGCGAGGAUCAGAGGGUCCAAGUGAGCACUUCACCCAAAUGAAGAGGAUGAUCAAAGAGUUGUUCUCUCGCACAGGGGCAGACAUGGGGUUCUCAUAUUUCUACGGUCGCCACGAAGAGGAAGUCACUGUGCAUCUAUUGGGAGGUGCCAAUAUGAGCAGUGAUGGAACAGGACAGGGAGGUGUGACGGACCAUCUGGGACAGGUCUUCACUGGUCCUGGAGAUGAAGUAUAUAACGGUCUGGUGUGUUGUGAUGCCUCUAUCAUACCAACAGCUCUCGGUGUGAAUCCUCUGGCAACAAUUUCUGCUCUCUCAGAGCGUUCCGUCAGCUUACUCGCUAAGAAGUCCGGAUUGACAAUCGAUCAAACCGAGAAUGGUGCUUUAGAUGCCGCCAGCAAUCCACAAAGGGUUCACAAGGACCAAAAUCAACAAGAAAUUAUAGAGAAAAAAGCACAAUCCAUCGGAUGGCAGUUUACCGAGACCCUUUCUGGACAUAUAAGUAUGAAAUCGGGGUUCAAGAACCACGCCUUUUCUGAGCGUAUUGGAAGAGGCUCGUCUUGCGCAAUGCGCAUGUUCAUUACCAUUGAUAUCUGCCAUAUCAGUUCCCCAGGAUCUUCUUCGCGGUAUCAAGGAAUAUGCACGGGAACAGUCUCUUGUCAUGCGUUGUCUCGGUAUACGCUGAAAGUUGUUCAGGGGACAGUCGACUUCUUUGUAGGAGAAGCAGACACCGAGUCUACCAUUUCAUACCACAUGAAGCUGUUCUCAGUCGAGGGCCUGGAGUAUGCUCUGGAAGGACACAAACUUCUCAAUUCGGGAAUGUCUUUCUCAGUCAAGAAGACAUGGCAGGCGACAACGACAGUCAAUGUGAAUAUCAGUCGACUAGAUGGGACACAGGUUGGCGCCGGUGCGCUUCAUAUCUCAUUGCCAGACUUCACAAAGCAGAUGAGAACCUUCCGGACGAGAUCUGUCGACAUCAGCUCACUCCUUGCUCUAUUGGCCUUUUUGUUCACCUUUUUAUACCAUGUCAGCAUCUUUUUCUUCAUGCCAUUUGUCCCUGUUCGCUUCCCUCGAACUUGUUCUGGGGAUAAAACUAAGAAAAUUUCGAAUCCCCCAUUCACCGACAAGAUCAAUGCAUCCGAUGGUGUCCCAGUCCUGCUCGAAGUAUACAAUCCCAUUCAACAAGACAAUCACGGCCCAAGACUGGCCAACCUACCCCCCAUCCUACUUCUUCCUGGAAUCACCGGCAUCGGCACAAUGCACAAUCUAUAUGCACUCCCAUUCUUGCGCUGCAAUAUGGUCGACUACUUCACACAACGUGGUCACCGCUGCUUCGUUCUUACUCCGCGCUGGGGCUGUGAUCCAACGGUGGCUGAGGAAGCCACCAUUUUCGACUGUCGACUGGACGUUGCAGCCGCAAUCAAAUACAUUCGCGAGAAAGAGGCUCUGAGACCAUAUGUGAUAGGGCACUGCCAGGGCUCCGUAGCCCUUUGUAUGGGACUCCUAGACGGAACUAUUGCGAGCAGUGACCUCAUUGGGAUCACUGCAAACUCCGUCUUCAUGAAUCAAGUCUUUGGGUAUUGGAAUUCACUCAAAGGACGGACUACACUUUUGAUCCAAUUGUAUGAGUUGCUUGCGGGUCAUUAUUUCCCUAUCAUGAGCCAUGCUGGGAGUGUCCUGUUCCAGCGACUACUUGAUGUUCUCCUGCGCUUCUACCCUGUCGGGCUCUCGCGAGAUAGGUGUAAAUCCACUGCCUGUCAUCGUACUUCUUUUGCGUUUGGUUUGCUCUGGAAUCAUGAGAACUUGAAUACAGCUCUGCAUGAUAACAUUCAUCAAUUCUUUGCGGGUACCCAUACCAAGCUCAUGAAGCAUGUUGUGGGUAUGGGGACUCGGGGCAUUUGUACGGACAAUGCCUCGCAGUCUCUUCUGACAGAGAAGAAUCUCCAGCGACUGAAGGGAUUGCCGAUUCUGUUUGUCUCCGGUAUGGAAAAUCAAGUCUUUGAUCCUCAGUCUACUCUCAAGGACUAUGAAUUGCUCCGUCGGCGAUUUGGAGAGAGACUUUAUCGUCGAUUUCUGGCCGAGGGAUAUGGGCAUCUUGACCCUAUUGUUGGGAAGUGUGCUGCUGAGGAUGUAUACUGGAGGAUAUUUGGGCAUUUGCAGGGGUGUAUCGAGGAAGGAGGAAGCAGUGAAGAGUUGAGUAGAGAGUUAAUAGUGAAGAGUGAAGAAUGA